AUGGGUGGGACCAAUCCGUUUGACAACCCUACGGCAACCAGAGCCGAACCAAGGAACUGUCACUCACUCUCGCAGUCUCACUUCCUCCACUUUUUUCACUCCCUGCGCGGUCCCCUUCUUCUCCCCACCUUCUCUUUAACCCUAGCCCUUCUCCACACUCUCUGUGCAGACGCCGUCCUCCUUCUUCCGUCUUCGUCCUCGUCGUCUAUCGCUUCUGUAGUUUCUUCACUGUCCAAGUUUGUAUCUCAGUUCCAAAAUGCAGAUGCCUCAGCAUCCAUAUCAUACCAAUCCUGUAUCCAUUCAAGGAUCUUCAGCAUUGGUGCCAGUGGAUUUGAAUGAAAACCAUGUUGAUUCUCACAACGAUGCACAAAACGGUGGAUAUCAACAAGCAGAAUCCCUCUUCCGACGGUCCCAGAAACUAGAGGCUGAUCUACAUAUGUUGGGGAUGAAAAUUAAGCAGCACGAGGACAACCUAAAUAAUUUGAAUGCUCAAAAGAGCAAAUUGGACAAUUCCAUUCUUCAUUUGCAAGCUACUAGUGGGAAAUCAGAGUCUUCAAAUACACUUACCAUUGAUAAUGGGGACAGUCCCCUCCCCAUCAGUAAGGAGGAGGUUAAUAAACAGAUAUUGCAACAUGAAAAAUCUGCUGCGGGUAUUUUGUGCCAGAUCAAGACUCGUUUUAAAGCUCAGGCAUCUCAUCUUACACCAACUAAGGAUGUUGUGGGGAUUGUUGCCACACUGGGCCAAGUUGAGGAUGACAAUCUUAGCAGACUUUUCUCAGAGUAUCUAGGGCUGGACACCAUGCUGGCGCUUGUCUGUAGAACCAUUGAAGGAAUCAAGGCUCUUGAAAUGCAUGAUAAGGACGGCAUUGUAAAUAAGAGUUCUGGUCUUCACGGACUAGGUGCCUCUAUUGGAAGGGCUUUGGAUGGUCGGUUUCUAGUGAUAUGUCUUGAAUCUCUGAGGCCUUAUCCAGGUACAUAUAUGGCUGAUGAUGCACAACGGAAGCUGGACAUUUUAAACCCAAGAUUACCCAAUGGGUCAUGUCCGCCUGGCUUUAUUGGCUUUGCAGUGAAUAUGAUCAACAUUGAUAGCUCAAACCUAUUUGGUGUAACUCCCAGUGGUUAUGGCCUCAGAGAAACCCUGUUUUAUAAUCUCUUCUCUCGUACACAAGUAUAUAAGACUAGGGCAGAUAUGGUACAAGCACUUCCUUGCAUAAGCGAUGGAGCUCUCUCUUUAGAUGGAGGAAUGAUUAGGAGCUGCGGUGUAUUUUACAUGGGCAAUAGGGUGGAUAUAGAUGUGAGAUUCCCAAGGCCAGAAAUAUCAAUGGGGAUUGAUAACUCCCUUAAACUUGAGAUGCAAUUAAAGGAUUUGAAAUCGCAGAAGGAAAAUAUUCUGGAAGAUUUGAAAAGGGAACAGACUCUGUUGGAUGUGGCAAAGGUCAAUUUCCAGAAAAAGAAGAAUGAGUAUAUCAGGUUUCUGGCAGAAAGCUCUGCAAAUGCAACAACUCAGGUUGGAAGAUUUUGAAAUUAGCAUGCAGUAAGAUAUGCAGAAUGGGGCAUGCAGCAGUAGCAACGUGUUUCAGUGCUUGAGCAUUGAGCUCGGAACUUGUGCGAUCAGGGUUGUGGAAGAAAGAGAAUAUCUCAUCUCGAUUUCUUAAAUUGGAAGAUGACGUUUGCAUAGAGAAACAAGACAAGGCUUCCUCAUCUAUAGCCUCCCUAGGCUAACAACCAUUUUGGCAUUUUCUUGAAUUGUAAAUCACCUGAACACGCUUACUCGUCUAUAGUUCUGUACAGUGUGAUUAUGGGAGGUGUGAAUCUUGUAUAUUUCUCUUUAGGAUUUUACCCUUUACCAUUUUGCAGUUAAUCGGAUUUAUUAUUUUGUCAUAGGAAAUUUCAUUCUAUUCCUGCAGUACCCCCCUUUUAUUUGGUCGAAAGUUGAAUAAUUCUUGGAAGGGAAGGCUCUAAGCUUACCAUAAAGCAUAGCAUGGCUUUUGACAUUAAGGAUGAGCUAAGCACAUUGUUAUGUGCUUCAAGCGUUUUAAACGCAAGUCAAUGUUAUCCCUAUAUA